CCUUAAAGGAAUAAUAAAAUCUUACUCAGUUCUUAGCUGGGUACCAGUCAUGCAAGGCCUCGGCCUCGUGCACUCGCACGUGUGCCACUUGUGGCUCCCAAGCUCAAAGUGCGGAGGCCGUGACGGAGGGCAGCAGCAGAAUCAACCUGAGCCAGCGGGACAGCCACCAGUCGUACCACCUCCAGUGAUGCCACCGUUGGCGAUGCCGCAGGUGGCCUAUGAGCAGAUAUUCUCGGUUAUGAUGGCCCAUUAUAUGCAGCACAUGGCGCAGCUUAUGCCUAUGUUCCAGCCACCGCCACCACUACAGCCGCAGCCGCGCAUCGUUACCUUCAAGACAUUGAAGGAUAAUGGAGCGGAAGAGUUUCGAGGAGACAAGAUGGGGGAGCCCCAGAUUGCGUUGGAUUGGCUUGAGCAGAUGGAUCGGGUACUCAAGAAUUUGAGAGUCCCUGAUGCAGAUCGCUCGGAGUUGGCGUCACAGAUGUUCCGGAAGGGAGCAUAUAAUUGGUGGAAGCGCAUUGACCAGGAUCUACACACGCCCAAGCCUUGGACCUGGGAUCGCUUUGAUUGAGCUUUCACGAAGGAGUACGUCCCCACCCGAUACCGCAAGGAGAGGCUCGAUGAGUUCGUUGCGCUUAAGCAGGAGGGGGUG